GGUAAGUGGGUCCCACGGUUUCCAUUCCCUCGUGCCUGCUGCUUGCUUGCUGUCGGAGCAAUCGCCGUCGGCCUGCCAUGUGCCCACCCGAAUCACCCAUUUGUCCUCAAAGUAACCAUACGCAAUCGCUGCUCUCGAGCCCAAAAUUGCUUUACUUUCCCCAUUUCGGCUCCGUUAUCUUGGUUAAAGAAUUCAAAAUCCAAUUCAUUGAGAGGGCUUUUGCAUUUGAUCUCGGGCUCUUCAAAACCCAGAUUUCAAAAUCAUAUCUUUCUGCCUCCGUCAGCUUCUUUUCCGGCUGCACAGAAGAAGCGUGAAUCGUGGGGGAGUUAUGACCUGAACAGUGGGGACACGCGGGCACGGCAAGUUGGGGAGUAAAGGCUAAAGAAGAAAACUGGAUAAAGAUGAUGAGUAGCUUCAGCCUCCCACUUUUUCUUCAUGACUCUGCUCUCACUCGGUUGGUAAAUGAUUUGAACUUGUUCUGCACCAGUGGGCUUCCAUUUCUGUCCUUCCUCUGUGACUAUAUGUUGUAAUGGGAGAUUAUUUGGCUGAUGAAGAUGAUGCAUCCGACAUUGCAGCCACUGUUGGCGAUGCUAUUAAUUACGCUUACUUUGCCGAUGGAUAUGGGGAUCGGAUGAUACAGAUGGUGAGAUCAUCAGUUUGGGCCCCCUGUUACGCCCUGGCUCUGAGAGACACAAAUCUUCUGCUGGAUCAGCUGGGAUUCUUCUCAUCGAUAAACGACAUUGUUUAUCACAUAUUGGCGAUUAGCUCUCAUUUAACUCAGCAGCUUUGUGUCUUCAUUGAAAACCUUGUACUGAGCGAUGUUGAAAGAUACUCAGAAGGAUCAGUGGUCCGUUCUCCGCAGCAGCCUAGAUCUUCAACCCACAGUAUACAUAAAUCUGUUUCCGAAGAUGGUUCAUCUUCGGAUCCUGGAAUUCUUGAAAGAAGAGGCUCCUGUCCCAAGGAAGAGCUGGUUGUAAAUACAAGAUCAGAAAUUGAUGAUAUGAUUUUCAAAUUUCAGGGCGCACCCCUCAUUUUUCAGGGGUUGAUGCUACCAUUAUUGUCUUUGAGGCUCGCCUGUAGGUUCAUAAUGGCUUCUUGGCAACUCACCAUCUCUUGUUUACAAUACACUCAAGUUCGUCUCUGCAGCAUUAUAUCCCGUGUUCAGAAGACGUUACGUGGGUCUGCUGAUGACAUAGGAUGGUUACAGUGGACUCCAGGAAUGGCUCCUGUUGUUGAUGGUACUUCGAGAUUUCUGGAACUUCUGGAUGCCAUAAGGAAUGGGGAGCACGCGCUCCCUGAUACGUUUGUUUAUCUCUUGAUUCCAGGUCUUUUCAGCAAUCAUGGGCCCUUAUACUUCGUGAGCACGAAGAGGUUCUUCUCUAAGAUGGGCUUGGCUUGUCACAUUGCCAAAAUCCACAGCGAGGCAUCUGUGGAGCACAAUGCAUGGGAGCUCAAGCAGUAUAUUGAGGAGCUAUACUGGGGCUCAGGCAAGCGUGUGAUGUUGCUUGGACACAGCAAAGGCGGAGUGGAUGCUGCAGCAGCACUUACUAUGUUCUGGCCCGACUUGAAGGACAAGGUUGUGGGAUUGGCUCUUGUGCAGUCCCCUUAUGGUGGGACCCCCAUAGCUUCCGAUAUUCUGCGAGAGGGCCAGGUUGCAGAUAAGGAGACCCGGAGAAUCAUGGAGCUCGUCAUAUGCAAGAUAAUCAAGGGUGAUAUACGGGCACUUGAGGACCUCACUUAUGAGAAACGAAGAGAAUUCAUCCUCAAGCACAAACUUCCCGAGCUACCUCUCAUCUCUUUCCAUUCUGAGGCAAGCAUAGCACCAGGAGUCAUCGCCACAAUGACCCACAUUGCCCACGCAGAGCUCCCGUGGCUCCCCAUCCUCAAUUUCAGGCCUGAAGACCUGGACAAUAAUCUUGUUCUCUCGGGAGGCCAAGUCCCUGUGGUGAUGCCCCUCUCUGCUGCAAUGGCAGUCUGUGCUCUCCACUUGAAGCUCAGGUAUGGGGAGAAGAGCGAUGGCCUAGUAACCUGUCGGGAUGCCGAGGUCCCUGGUUCAGUUGUGAUCAGACCAGACCGGAAACUGGAUCAUGCCUGGAUGGUUUAUUCAUCCCGGAGGAGGAAUCCCGCUGACCCGGAUUCCCGUAUGAUGUGCGAAGCGAUACUGACCCUCCUCGUGGAGCUCGGGAGGAGCAAAACCACAACGGCAAGCAAUAAGAGGAAGUGAUUCGAGUUUUUCCUUUUUAACUUCUGCGAUAUGGUAAAGAUACUAUGAGAGUUACUAUCUAUAUGAUGAAGCUGCUCGUUUAGUAAAAACUGAUGAGGGCCCCAUUUAUUACCACUUAUCUCUCGCAUAUUCGAAUUUAUUUUGUGUUAGCAUGUUCAUGAUUUGCCGGCAUUCGGUAUUGGAUAUUGGCUCUUAUUAGCAUCUCGAGGGCAAAGGCAAUCGAUGAAGGGAAGACGGGGCUGUGAUCGGUGUGGGCUUAUUUUGUAGUUUGAAUUUUGACGCUGGGUUGUCCCAUGGAAUGGAAGAAGGAUUUUUUUUUUUUUCCCUC